CGACGCCCUUCCAGAAUGCCGACCAUAAACCAAAACAUUUGGGCUUUAAAUAUGCACUAGUUAGAGGAAAACCUGCGCGUCGUCUUGUUACAAGCAAAGACCGGUACGCCUCAGGGCAACAAUCGACUUCGUUACAGAGGCUGCAGACCCAAUAUGGCAUACAGGCUAGGGUUACAUGCUGGUGUUGUAACACCGUGCUCCCUUCAGCAAGCACGUCGCGCUUGCGCAUUGCCAGCAUGUCGUCUUCCGCGCGGCGAGCCGGGGCCUUUCAGUGCCCCAUCAAUCCCGGCUGCCACCCGUUCAGCCAACAGCAGCUGUCGAUCAGCAAUUGUUGCAGCUGCGGCGACAUCGGCGCCAGGUAGCCCCUCAGAGCAGGCUAGCAGUGGCCUCGUAGCUUCAGUGCCGUACAUCGAGGCUGACUACGUGGAGGUGGGGCGGGUGCUGGGCGCCCACGGGGUGCGGGGGGAGCUGCGGCUGCAGGCGGACACGGACGAGCCGGGCCUGAGAUUUAGCGCGGGGGGCAGGCUGUUCCUGCUGCCCCCCGCGCCGCAGGGCUUGGCGGGGCGGGCGGCUGCGGCUCAGCAGCGCUCCCUCAUACCGGUUACCUCCCGCGGCGGCAAGUCCCGGCCGCUGGGGGGCGGUGAUGAGAUGUGGAUGGUGGCGCUGAAGGAGGUGGCGGACAGGACGCAGGCCGAGCAGCUCAAGGGCUGUGUGGUGCUGUGUGCGGCUGCCGACCGCGCCCCGCUGCGCCACCCGGACGAGUUCUACGUCAGCGACCUGGUGGGCUGCGUCGUGAGGGAGCAGUCCAGCGGUCGGCUGGUGGGCCAGGUGGUGGACGUGUUCAGCGGCAUGGGCUCCCACGACACGCUGCGGGUGAAGCUGCGGGCCAGCGAGCAGGACAUACUCAAGUCCAGGAUACGCUACUGCCUGGUUCCCUUUGCUCGCGCCAUCUGCCCGGUGGUGGAUCUGCCGGGUCGCACCCUGCACGUGAGCCCCCCAGAGGGGCUGCUGGAGCUGGCGGCGGAGGAGCCGCUGAAGAAGCCCCUGUCGGACGCGAUGAAGGCUCAGAAGCUGGCGGAGCUGCGCGAGUCGCUGCGGCGGGAGGAGGAGGAGCUGCGGCUGCAGCGCGGGGAAGGGCAGCAUGCGCCAGCUGCAAGUCCAGCAGAGGCGGUGGAGGCGAGGGACCGCGAGGAUUCUCCGCGUGGGGGAGAAGGGAAUGCAGGAAAGGUGGUUGGAAGUUCGGCUUCGGGAGGAGAGGACGUGGAGGAUGGGGAAGGGGAGGGCGAGGAGGAUGAGGAAGUUCAGGCGGUCGCGAGGCAACCGACCCGGGGUCGCCGCUUAGGGUUGAGGCGGAGGACAGGAGCUCUAAGGCUAGGGCGACGACAGCCCUGAAGGAGGGAAGGCGUGGGACUUGAAGGCUUUGACACUCCAGCUGGUCUUGGUGACGGCGGACAUGUGCUGUCACAAGAUGCUGACUUUGGGCUGCCGGGAGAUACUGCUUAUUGUAGGGAGGUGUAAAGCGCGAGCAAGAGCUAUUUCCGCACUGCCGGUUGGUUGCUGUUUGAUUCUUAGGGACAUUGCGCUGGAGGGUGGGUAUGCCUGGCCAGACCAGCAAGGCUUCCUGCUCUGCUUCUUAGCCCCCGACGCCCGACCUAUGUACCUACCAGUUUAUCGGUCCAACCCAUCUGGUUCAAUAGACGGUUCCUUAGAUAUCCUUAAAGUGUCCUGCAGGAGAAUCAAUCGCAUUACAGUCAGGAAAACCCCUAUGUUCAAAGAGUGUUCUGUACGCCAGUGUGACCUGUCGUACAGCUCAGCAUGGCCACAACCC